AAUUUAUCUUCAUCACUAUGAUAUUUUUGGUUUCUUAAAACAAUGGAUCCCACUUCCAACCGACAAGUCAUUUAUAUUUAUAUGCAAAAACAAUCUUCUAUUCAACUUAACUUAUUUGUGUCAUCUUACCGUUGAUCUUAUUUUUUCCAGAUAUUAUUGGUUUAUGUUAUGAAUUGCCGGAGUCUACUAAUGUGCCAGUAUUAGGGUGAGAAGAAAGUUGUGAUGGAGGAAUUACCAGACCAUAUAGUUUGCGAGAUUUUGUGCAGGAUUGAGAAAAUUGUAGACAGGAACUCUGCUUCAUUGGCAUGUAAACGCUUUUAUGAGCUGGAUAAUGAACAGAGACGUUUUCUUCGUGUUGGCUGUGGACUGGACCCAGCAAAUGAAGCACUGACUUCCCUUUGUAAUAGAUUUCCUAACUUAACAAAAGUGGAAAUUACAUACUCUGGUUGGAUGUCAAGACUAGGAAAACAACUGGAUGAUCAAGGGCUUUCCAUUCUUUCUAGCAACUGCACAUGUCUAACUGAUCUGACAUUAAACUUUUGCACUUACAUCACUGAUGUGGGUCUCCGGUACUUAGCUGCUUGCUUCAACCUAUCAGCUUUGAAGUUGAAUUUCACUCCAAGCAUCACGGGAUGUGGUAUAUUAUCUCUUGUUGUUGGUUGUAAGAAUCUCAGAAUUCUCCAUCUCAUACGAUGUCUAAAUGUUAGUAGUGUUGAAUGGCUGGAAUAUCUUGGCAAACUUGGAACACUUGAAGAUCUUUUGAUUAAGAAUUGUAGAUCAAUUGGAGAGGGUGAUUUAAUAAGGUUAGGUCCUAGCUGGCGGAAGCUUCAGCGCUUGCAAUUUGAAGUGGAUGCUAAUUACAGAUAUAUGAAGGUUCAUGAUCGUUUAGCUGUAGAUCUAUGGCAAAAGCAGUUGGUUCCAUGUGAAAACAUGGUGGAGCUUAGCUUAAGUAAUUGUAUUAUCAGCCCAGGAAGAGGGCUUGCUUGUGUAUUGGGGAAGUGCAAAAACUUGGAGAAGAUUCAUUUGGACAUGUGUUUUGGUCUAAGGGACUCUGACAUGAUAAACCUGGCCCAAAGUUCAAGUAAACUUCGGUCUAUUUCCCUCCGAGUGCCUUCAGAUUUCUCCUUACCACUUUUGAUGAACAAACCAUUGAGCUUGACUGAUGAUAGUCUAAAAGCCUUGGCUCACAACUGUACAAUGCUUGAAUCUGUCAGGUUAUCAUUCUCUGAUGGCGAGUUUCCCUCUUUUUCAUCAUUUACUCAAGAUGGAAUCCUUACUUUGAUUCACAAAUGCCCUGUUAAAGAACUUGCUCUCGACCAUGUAUGCUCCUUCAAUGAUGCUGGGAUGGAAGCUCUUUGCUCAGCUGAGUAUCUUGAAAUCUUGGAACUUGUCGGAUGUCAGGAAAUUAGCGAUGAAGGGCUACAGCUAGUGAGCCAGUUCUCUCAGUUGUGCAUAUUAGAGUUGAAAAAAUGUCUGGGGCUAACAAAUGAUGGAUUAAAGCCACUUGUGGGUUCAUACAAAUUGGACAGGUUGGUUGUGGAAGAUUGUCCUCGAAUUUCCGAAAGGGGUGUUCAAGGAGCUGCAAGGUCUGUUUCUUUUCGACAAGACCUGUCAUGGAUGUAUUGAAUAAGCUGAGCAUCUUGACAUCUUGAAAUCCAUGGAAUGUUUAAUUUGUGCAGUGUAAGUUGUUCUUUUUCCAAUUCUUAUUGUUCUGAUUAGUCCAUCUGUUGCUAGUAUUAUUCCUGUAUAAGAUAAUUGAAAUUAUGACACUGUAUCGUAUGAUGUGAUGAUUCAUUUACGAUCAUAAUCAACUAAUGAUUUGCUGGAAUAAAACAUAUUUCUUGUAGAGAA